CUGCUUCUCCUUCCAUUCCAUUCCUCAACCUUUACUCUUUACUUCUCUCUCUCUCUCUCUCUCCAUUAACAAUCUAGUUGGCAGUCUCCCUAGCUUCUUCUCUCUCUAGCUGCAGCAUCAUUUUCUGCUCCAAGAAUUUCUCUUCCUGUCUUUUCACCCUUCACUUCUGUGAAAAAUUCCAGCUAACUGUUGGUCAAAAAAAUCACACAUUUGGCUUUUAUUUCCAUUUGGGAGGGUGUGUUUGAGCUAAAAAUCCAAUCUUGAUUGCUUCCUUAGUAAAAAAAAUGGAAUCGAAUUCAUCUGGUGAAGAUUGCUGUGUGAAAGUGGCGGUGCAUAUAAGGCCUCUCAUAGGAGAUGAGAGGAUUCAGGGAUGCAAAGAUUGUGUCACUGUACAGCCUGGGAAGCCUCAGGUGCAAAUUGGGACCCAUUCGUUCACAUUCGAUCAUGUUUAUGGCAGCAGUGGCUCCCCCUCGACUGCCAUGUAUGAAGAAUGCGUUGCGCCUCUGGUUGAUGGCUUGUUUCAAGGAUACAAUGCUACUGUUCUUGCCUAUGGACAGACGGGGUCAGGGAAAACAUACACCAUGGGUACGAGUCUCAAAGAUGGAGUCCAUACCGGGCUAAUUCCCAAAGCCAUGAGUGCUUUGUUCAGCAAGAUUGAAAUGUUGAAGCAUGAAAUUGAAUUUCAGUUGAAUGUUUCCUUCAUUGAGAUUCAUAAAGAGGAAGUGAGAGACCUGCUCGAUCCCAGUUCCACUCACAGACAAGAGAUAGUUAAUGGCAACGCUGCGAAAAUGACCAGCCCCGGGAAACCUCCAAUACAAAUUCGUGAGACGUCGAAUGGUGUAAUUACACUUGCAGGAUCUACAGAGCGUGGUGUGAAGACACUUAAUGAAAUGGCUGAUUGCCUGGAGCAAGGAUCGCUAAGCAGAGCGACUGGAAGUACGAACAUGAACAAUCAGUCGAGCCGUUCUCAUGCCAUCUUUACCAUCACGGUGGAGCAGAUGCGUAAACUUCACCCGGGCAAUCCUAAUGACGGCAACUAUAAUGACUGUAUGACUGAAGAGUAUCUUUGUGCGAAGCUGCAUUUGGUGGAUCUUGCCGGAUCAGAGCGCGCGAAGAGAACAGGAUCUGAUGGUCUACGUUUUAAAGAAGGUGUUCACAUUAAUAAGGGGCUUCUUGCUCUUGGGAAUGUUAUAAGCGCACUCGGUGAUGAUAAGAAGCGGAAAGAAGGCGUUCACGUACCAUAUCGUGACAGUAAACUCACUCGACUAUUACAGGAUUCUCUUGGUGGCAACAGCAGAACAGUAAUGAUAGCAUGUAUUAGUCCUGCUGACAUAAAUGCCGAAGAGACUCUGAACACUCUUAAAUAUGCCAAUCGCGCUAGGAACAUCCAGAACAAGCCUGUUGUUAAUAGAGACCCCAUAUCAAAUGAAAUGCUAAAAAUGCGUCAGCAGUUGGAAUUCCUGCAAGCUGAACUAUGCGCCCGUGGUGGAGGUGUUUCAUUUGAUGAAAUACAGGUUCUCAAGGACAGAAUUGCUUGGUUGGAGGCUACUAACGAGGAGCUCUGCCGAGAACUAAAUGAGUUUCGAACAAGAGGCGGUUCGAUAGACCAAUACACAGACAACGUGAAAGUUGGAACCAAUGGUUCCAUGAAAAGUGAAGGCCUUAAGAGGGGAUUGCAAAGUAUCGAGUCAAGCGACUACCAGAUGAGUGAAAGCAGUGAUUCUGGAGACAUAGAUGAAGAUACGGCAAAGGAGUUGGAACACACAUAUUUGCAGAAUAGUAUGGAUAAAGAGUUGAGUGAGUUGAAUCGACAGUUGGAGAAGAAAGAGUCGGAGAUGAAACUAUUUGGUGGAUACGACACCACCGCUCUUAAGCAACACUUUGGAAAGAAAUUAAUGGAACUUGAAGAGGAAAAAAGGACUGUGCAGCUCGAGAGGGAUCGGCUGUUGGCAGAAGUUGAAAACCUUUCUGCUAAUACUGAAGGGCAUACUCAAAAAAUGCAAGAUGUCCAUUCGCAGAAACUGAAAUUUCUUGAAUCUCAGAUACAAGAUCUUAAGAAGAAACAAGAGAAUCAAGUGCAGCUGUUAAAACAGAAACAGAAGAGUGACGAAGCAGCGAAAAAGUUGCAAGAUGAAAUACAAUGCAUGAAGGCACAGAAGGUUCAACUGCAAAACAAGAUAAAGCAAGAAAGUGAACAGUUUCGACAAUGGAAGGCAUCUCGGGAGAAGGAACUGCUACAGUUGAGAAAGGAGGGAAGAAGAAACGAGUAUGAAAGACAUAAACUACAAGCACUGAACCAGCGCCAGAAAAUGGUUCUUCAGAGGAAGACUGAGGAAGCUGCAAUGGCUACCAAAAGGUUGAAAGAAUUGCUAGAAGCACGCAAAUCUUCAGCUCGUGAAAACUCUGUGACAACCAACGGGAAUGGAAUUAAUGGGCAGAGCAAUGAAAAGUCCUUGCAGCGAUGGCUUGCGCAUGAGCUUGAAGUUAUGGUCAAUGUUCAUGAAGUUCGUUAUGAGUACGAGAAGCAAAGUGAAGUACGAGCUGCAUUGGCAGAAGAGUUGGCUGUUUUGAGACAAGUUGAUGAAUUUGCUUCGAAGGGAGUAAGCCCUCCUCGAGGGAAAAAUGGCCUUUCUAGGGCAUCUUCAAUGUCACCAAAUGCAAGAAUGUCAAGAAUUGCUUCUCUUGAGAGCAUGCUGAGUAUCACAUCAAAUUCACUUGUUGCAAUGGCUUCACAGCUUUCAGAAGCAGAAGAACGAGAGCGUGGUGUCAUUAGUCGUGGACGCUGGAACCAGCUACGUUCUAUGGGAGAGGCGAAAGGCCUGCUUCAGCUUAUGUUCAAUCAUCUUGGUGAUGCAAGGUGUGAACUGUGGGAAAAAGAAAUCGAAAUCAAAGAGAUGAAAGAGCAAAUGAAGGAACUCGUGGGAUUACUGCGACAAAGUGAAGGCAGAAGAAAGGAAAUGGAGAAAGAGCUAAAAUCGAGAGAGCAAGCUGUUGCUACUGCAUUGUCGACACCACCAUCUGACUCUCUCAAACACGAUUACAUGAACGGUCCACUGUCUCCAAUUCCAGUACCAGCACAGAAGCAACUAAAAUAUACAGCCGGGGUCGCUAAUGGCUCGUGUAAAGAGUCAGCAGCAUUCGCGGCGGACCAGGCACGGAAGAUGGUGCCUAUCGGCCAGUUAUCGAUGAAAAAAUUAGCCCUCGUUGGACAUGGUGGGAAACUCUGGAGAUGGAAGAGGAGCCAUCAUCAGUGGCUACUACAAUUCAAGUGGAAGUGGCAAAAACCAUGGAAGCUCUCUGAAUUGAUCAGACACAGCGAUGAAACAAUCAUGAGAGCCAGGCCCCGUCCACAACCUAUUUCUGAUGUUAUGUACAGAAAUGGUCACUAGCUUAUACAUCUCUACAUUGUAGAUACUCACUCCAGCUCCCAAGAGACGACCCAGGGAAAUACACUGAAUAAGUGCGGGUCGAGGUAUAAGUGGCAGUUGGAGAACGUUGUCUGUAGUUAGUGAAUAUUGGUAGAGAUAUAUAUGGAGUGGAAUGGUUGUUUAGGAGUGGAGUUUUGUAGCUAUGAAUCUCAUCAGUCGCGUCUUGGGGGACCGUUGGCCUCUGUGAUACUCAGAGGAGACUGCUAUUUCGUCGAGGAUGGGUUUAUAUUAAGGUCUCUUGGAAGUAUUCAUUUUUUCUUGUAUAUACUUGUCAAGAGUUGAUCUUUUUGUGUAGGGGGUUUUAGUGCUUGUGAUUCCUUUUUUGUUUUCCCUUAAUUUGAAGUUGUUUCUGUUUUUCACUUUUUUUCUCAUCUAUCUCCUCUUUUGUAUAUUGUGUAUAAGCACAAUAUUUUGGUUUUGUCUAGAAAAUAGUCAGUUAUACUGGAUCAACAAUAUAUAUCUAUUGAUUUGUGCUUA